GUGUGAACAACGGGCACUACGAUAAAAAUGUUUGUUUUUUCUAAAAGUUGCCGGGAUGUUUACGUGUCCUACUUAUAUCAGUACACUCGUAACAACCUAACCAUUGCGAAACGUAUAUUCUAUUAAAUAAGCCACACUGAGCAAAUAAACUAUUGUAUUUGUGUUGACCAAAUUCGAAACACACGUUAACCUCCAUACUAAAACUUUAGGAUUGGUGAGCGGGAAAAAACGCCACCUCCCGGAGAAAAAAUAUUUUGGGAGAAGUUAACCUUAUCCCUCUCGCUUCGCCUCUUUCUCUCUGACUGUUCAGUGUUUUGUGCGCCACAGCACUGCAAACUUGACAGACGUAGGCUUCAUUGGGACUGUGGACCGAUAUCAUAGCCUACCUUAUUGUUGGACUCGUGGGAAAUUCAUAACACUUUGGAGAUGAAGUAGUCACAUUCAAAAACGAUUUUAGCAAUAUCGUAUUCUGUAAAAGGACGGUAUCCUUUGUCCUUUAAAAGCGGUUGUGUAUUUAGACUAAUCUUGCUCUGUUCGGAACUCAAUUUUGAAAUUCAACUUUCUCCUAUUCAAUUUCCCAGUCUGGACUACCAGAAAUCAAGGUUGAUUUGUGGAUUAUCUGGACCAGAACUCACCGUAGCUGUUUGAAGGACCACAAUGGCUGGGUACUCUAGAGACCUGGUUCAAACCUUGCCUUGACAACACAGUUUACAAUUAAAUGUGAGAAAGGAACAACCAUCACAUAACUCUCAGCACCAAUCAGGUGUUUCUGGUCUUGUUGCGUAUUAAAUCAGACUUCAUCAGACAUCACCAUGCCUAUUCUCAAGCAGCUAACCUUGAACCAGUCCAAGCGUCGCUCCCGGGCCGACCUGACUGCGGAGAUGAUCAGCGCCCCUCUGGGGGACUUCAGACACACCAUGCAUGUGGGUCGUGGCGGGGACGCCUUCGGGGACACCUCUUUCCUAAGUACCCGGUCUGGGGAGCCCCCUAAAGAACAAGUUCCAGAGGUCCAGCAGAGCUCCCCUGGACCCAAACCAGGCCUGCUGUCCCGAACCUUCAGGAGCAGCAAGCGCUCCCAGUCGGUGAACCGCGGUGACAUGUACAAGAACAACUCGUUGGCGCCCCACGGUGGCUCGCCAAACUUUGUGAAGAACGCCAUCUCCCUGCCCUACCUCAAUGACGAGGACGUGGUCAGGAUGGGCGGUGGUCAGCAGAUGCCCAAGAGCGUCUCCUCCAGCCCUCUGAAGAAGCUGCCCGAGGUCGAUGGAAUCAGCAAACCAGUCAACGGUGCCUCGGCCAUGGCGAUGCUGGAUCUGGAGUUUGACGAGCGUAACUUUGGAGAACUGACUGACCUGCCCCCAUCACAUCCUCGGGGUGGCGGGAUGAAGCACGCGGAGUCCAUCAUGUCAUUCCACAUUGACCUGGGACCCUCCAUGCUUGGGGACAUCCUCAGCGUCAUGGAAAAGAAGGGCUGGGAGGAAGACGACCUGGGGUACGAGGAGGGGAAGGGCAGUGAGGGCCGCGGGUCACCCCCCUUUAGCCCUCCCACCACGGAGGAUGAGAUCGAGGACCAGGUGGAUCUAAAGGCUCCAGUCAGGCCCCCACGCACCUAUCCUCAGCAGAAGGUCAUGGCCGACCCCCUCUACACCCCUCGCAGGAACUACCACCCCCACAGCCACCUGGACAGCUGCUCCGUGUCCUCCUCCGGCUCUGCCACUCUUGAGGAGAAACCACUCCACCACCUGCAGGAGGGGGACACGGACAGCGCCAAGUACAGCUCUCGGGGGGCUGGAGGGGAGGACGAUAAAGACUUCUCCUUCAUGGACGAGGAUGAUGAUGAGAUCAGGGUGUAAAACAGAACAGGGCUGUAAUGUCACCACCACAGAACCUGGUUAAUAAGGACACCAGAAUGUGGUUUGUGAGGUCCCCGAAGGAGACACUUAUUUUUCAUGAGUUUUGAUGCUAUAAUAAGUCUGGGAGGGGUUGGGAGCACGAUAAAGACUGGAAAAAUCCCCACAAAUGGAUCUAUCCUGAGAACUUCUAUACAGGGACAUCCUGUUCUGCUAUACCUACUGGAUCAGGAAUACCCAUACACCAUCUGUUAUUUAACCUUAUUUACUCGUGUGUGUGUGUGUGUGUGUGUGUCCAACUGUUAAUGGAAACGAAAAUGCCUGUCCCAUGAGUCCAUUUCUCCAGCCCAUUACAGAAUUCCGUGUCGACCACUAACUCUCUCACUCACACACACACACACACACACUGCAACUUUGAGACACCAGUUAUUGGUUUGAGGGAUUCUUUUUUGUAGAACUAUGAUCUGUCAUUAUGAUGAUCUAAUCCCACAGUUCCAAUAUGUCAUUAAAGUGUGUUUCUCCUUAUAAGGGGAUCAACCCUUAUAUCCACUCAUAUUCAACAUGAACCAUAUCCCACCAUUGUCUUUCCAUUCAGAGGAUUUCCCUUCAUGGUUACCAUAGCUACAGUCCUGGCUACAGUACUAGCAUAUUCCUUAUUGCCCAUUAUUAGGUAAGGGAAAACCUACCAGCGGUCAUGACACUGAUUGUCACAUUCUUUCAAAGCGGACAUAUGGAGAUGGACAGAGGUCACAGAGGUCGAAGCAUGAACUGUUGAUCACCCAGGUUGGAGGUGUAAUGCGUGGGGUGUAGAGUCAUGUGAGGUCACGGACUGAACUGUAUAUUUCCCACACUGCUUUGGAGAAAGGAAGUGAAAUGUAUCCCAGCAUUCUUUGGGGCAUUGACUGGAUUGUAUGUGUAUGUGUGUAUUGAGUGAGGUGAGAUGCAGUUAAAAUAUUGGUUUUGUUAAUGUUCAAAGGGUAAAUAAAGGUCGCUUCUCCUAUGUUUACUACAUACAGAAUUGAUAAGUUGGUCUUCAGGUUCUUAAUCAAUGGCACAACUUGGUUGUUCAUUAUUCCAACCAUCUGCUUUAUUUUACUCUUCACUAGACAUACUCUAUACAGCCAACACACUCUGAAGUCCUAAAUGAUCAGUUAGCUUGUUUCGUUUGUUAUCUAAUAACUACUUCUAAUAAGGGGUCGAUCAUAUUGUGCACUGUUUUAAGUCACCAUGUUGAUUAGAGGAAUUUAGUUAAAGGUUGGAUCUUGGUGAUCUUUAGUUGUUCUAAAGCCUAACGUACUAGCCUACUCAGUGAGCCAGCUUAAGCCUUAGCUUUGGAGUUGAUUGGGCUAGGUUUGGGUUUGGCCGUGAGUCCAUGGCACUUUAGCUUAGAUCAAUGGACUCAGUCAUAUAUCCCCUGCAAGCACUGCCAAGGUGUAGCAACAGCUCACUCCCUAAAACACUAACUAUUGUACACAACAAAUCUUUGUUUUGUUUCCAUGUAAAUGUUUUAAAUUAACUUUACUUAUUAUUAAAUACAAAAAAAAUUAAAAUCUUGAAAAUAAAUGGCCUUUUUGUAGAAGCUUUCAUGACCAGUAGUGCUUUUAUUGUACAAAUGUUUAGAAACCGAUGGAAACAAAUACAUAACUCACAGGAGCAGAGAUGGUGGUUGUGAACAAGAGAAGUGACCGUAAAGUAGACUGUCAUAUCUAUGUGGUCAUCUCUUCCCCCGUACACACCCCAGGCUUGUAGGAUCAGGAGAAAUAGAGGAGUUUGAAGGGGGAGGGUGUCAGUAAUAGGAGAACACUAGUUAUAAGUGACAAUAUUACCCUCCUCUCGCCAUUUUGCCACGCAGACCUGGCUACUGUAGGAGCAGAUUGAAUCAGCACACCCUCUGGCUUCCCUCUCAUUCAUAAACAUACUGUAGGAGCAGAUUGAAUCAGCACACCCUCUGGCUUCCCUCUCAUUCAUAAACAUACUGUAGGAGCAGAUUGAAUCAGCACACCCUCUGGCUUCCCUCUCAUUCAUAAACAUACUGUAGGAGCAGAUUAAAUCAGCACACCCUCUGGCUUCCCUCCACCCUCUCAUUCAUAAACAUACUGUAGGAGCAGAUUGAAUCAGCACACCCUCUGGCUUCCCUCUCAUUCACAAACAUACUGUAGGAGCAGAUUGAAUCAGCACACCCUCUGGCUUCCCUCUCAUUCAUAAACAUACUGUAGGAGCAGAUUGAAUCAGCACACCCUCUGGCUUCCCUCUCAUUCAUAAACAUACUGUAGGAGCAGAUUGAAUCAGCACACCCUCUGGCUUCCCUCUCAUUCAUAAACAUACUGUAGGAGCAGAUUGAAUCAGCACACCCUCUGGCUUCCCCCCACCCUCUCAUUCAUACACAUACUGUAGGAGCAGAUUGAAUCAGCACACCCUCUGGCUUCCCUCCACCCUCUCAUUCAUAAACAUACUGUAGGAGUAGAUUAAAUCAGCACACCCUCUGGCUUCCCCCCACCCUCUCAUUCAUAAACAUACUGUAGGAGCAGAUUGAAUCAGCACACCCUCUGGCUUCCCUCCACCAUCUCAUUCAUAAACAUACUGUAGGAGUAGAUUAAAUCAGCACACCCUCUGGCUUCCCCCCACCCUCUCAUUCAUAAACAUACUGUAGGAGCAGAUUGAAUCAGCACACCCUCUGGCUUCCCUCCACCCUCUCAUUCAUAAACAUACUGUAGGAGUAGAUUAAAUCAGCACACCCUCUGGCUUCCCCCCACCCUCUCAUUCAUAAACAUACUGUAGGAGUAGAUUAAAUCAGCACACCCUCUGGCUUCCCCCUCAUUCAUAAACAUACUGUAGGAGCAGAUUGAAUCAGCACACCCUCUGGCUUCCCUACACCCUGUCAUUCAUGAACUUAGUUGGCUGAUCGGUCGGUAACCAAACCAACGACUCAUCCAUUCAUGAGUCAUAUGUUUGGGAAAGGAAAAGACAGGCACGCCUGUUCCCUUUCCCUUUAGAUUCCUCCGACAGUAUUUGCAUCCCAAAUGGCACCCUAUUCCCUAUAUAGCGCACUACUUUUGACCAGGGCCCAUAAGGCUCUGGACAAAAGUAGUGCACUAUAUUGGGAAUAGGGUGCCAUUUAGGAUGAAUGAAGUGUGACUAUAGGUCCCCCUCCCUCUCAUUAAUUUGGUCAGAUAAAAAUCGAAUCUGUUAAAGUAAAGAAGGAAGUCCCUGCUCAUGCCUUCCUGGAUCCCUGAGUAUUGUCGCGUUCAAAACAACUGGGAAUCUCUGAACUAAGUCUGAUUGGGAAAAUAAUUUUGAACAGUCAUCCAAGUCGGAAACUUGGGCAACUUUCUAAAAGUGACUUUAUUUUCCGACCGGAAGAUAAUUGAUGUUGCGAUUUGACCUAGUUUUUUCCUCAGAGUUCCCAGUUGUCAUAAUCUAUUGACUUCAUGCUUGAGUGAGAGAAAAUUACAUUUGUGCCAUAUGUGACACUGGGGAUCACUGUUUUUGUUCCCUGUUAUGGUGUUGGUUGGUUGUUUGGAGGGGGGAACACAUUAUCCAAUGGUAUUAGGUCAGGGGAGGAACCUAAUGCCAGGCAGGAUGUGACAUCACUCAGCCAUAUGUUCAUGCUAUGUAUGUUAGAGUUCCAUGUGUACAUGUCUGUAUUAAAGAGAGAUCGGUUCAGAGAUUAAAAUGACCAGGUGGAAAUGUGCCAAGUAUGUAUGUAAUCAUCCUCUGACAUGUCAUAUUGAGUCUUGAUGUCUGAAGGAAACAUUUACGGGCUACAGCAGUACAGGGAACUUAAAUCUCAGGCCUCUCACGCUGUUCGUUUGUAAAUGGGCCAAAUUUAGCAUUUCUUUGUUAUGUUCUUAUUGUUUUAAACUCAGUUGCUUGUUCCAUUGUUGUAGAAUAUGUCUAUGGAAAGUGGGUUAAACUGUUGCAAUCACUUAGUUGUUCUUCACCAAUGCUGGGACACUUUAUAAAGAACCUUUUAAUUUUCUAUCAAAGCACUCAUACCUGUCCACCCCCAUUUUAUUUGCUACUGAAGUGAAGUAGAUAAAUACUAAUGGUGCCAUCCAUGAUGG